CGGAGGAUGCAUCUGAACGAUAUGCAUGGGCUGAUUCAUUGUGCAUAACUACAUCAAGCAGCGGCGGACUAGCCACGAAGGACUGCUACUACUAUCAAGCAACCGUUGUCUUGGUUUUGGUGCACGGACCGUUGGUCACUUUUGACGGUACCUGGAGCAGUCUUAUUCGAAGGCGACGAGUUUAAGGAGUGCAUUGGAUCUCAACUAUGUCGGGAUCCAAUUCUCAGGAUUAUGGGUGCAACAACCGCCGGGAUCGAUACAACGAGCGUGGCCGUGAUGAGGGACAUGAUGGAGGAUGUGACCAAUCUGGCGAUGGGCGACGGGAUCGGGUGGGCCACUAUGGUAGUUCCAGCCAACCGGACAGGAGCCGUGAUCCGCCACGGCGCUUCGUAGCGGUGUGCUAUGAAUGCGGCAAAUCGGGGCACUAUCGGAAUCAGUGCCCAAAGCUGGGAGGUGAAGUCUGCUCAAGGGACAUUAGACAACGACAUCAAGCACGCCAUCAUGAGCAGCGGGCAACCUCCGAGGAUCCAGCAAUCCGAAAGACGGUGGAGGAACUCGUCACCUCGGUAGCUACGAUGAAAGAGUUCAUCGACACAGAAAGCGCGAGGAAAGAGCAGAAAGCCAAACGUAAAGCUGAGAAGCACGAACGUAAGAAGAGGGAGGAGGAGGAGCGACGGGCUGCGGAAGAGGCACGUAUAGCAGAAGUACGCCGUGCAAUGAAGGAGGAGAAACUCAAGAGGGACGAAAAGAAGAGGGAACGAAUGAGAAAGGAGAUGAACAUGGAGAUAUCGUUGCACAUGGGCGAUAUUCGGGAUGCUCUGCGAUAUGGACGUGACCACGAAAAUCGAGAGCAAGCUAAGGGAAAGCAGAAAGUGGAGACCUAUUCGUCCGAUGAGGAGUAUCAAGAUUCGUAUGAGAGUGAUUUCGAAGCUCUCAGCAGCAAGACUGAAAACCUCGUUAUUACCAAGAAGUGUAAGCGGAGCACUGAGAAACCGGUGGGGGACAGCCCACCGAUGGAGUCACCAGCUAAACGGACGGCUGACAGGUGGUUUCAGUUAGGCUGUCGACAUUCAGCUAUGAAGAAGUCUCCCCAGCACAGGACCCCUGCACCGAGGUCCACGAGGAGGAAGAUUCCCACAGCACCGGGAUCGGUGGGUAAGUUGAAGUUCAUCACUGACAACCUACAGGCACUCGCUAAUCUCAAUGCAGACGAGCUUAGGCAUAUGUGCUUGGCGGAGGAUGUGCAGUAUGAAGGAAAAAAGAUGCAAGCCAUUUUGGCUAUCACAGAGAAACGCACACAGGUAGUGUAUAGCGAAGAGGACAAACAUGAUGCAACGGACAUGGGAACCGACGACGUUCCCGGGGAGGACGCGAGGACUAGCGAUGACGAAGGGGAAGAUGAAUCGUGAACAAUGAGUAAGUUGUGGGCAUUAUGUCGAUGUCUUAUCGAUCUUCGUAGGAGUGCUGACAAUAACGAAACGGUGGAUUUGGUGUAUUGCUUGGUCAUUAUUACACUUGCAAUCGACGGUCAAAUUCGUUGGUUAAGUAAAUGUGUCGAUUCCUG